AUGGCGGCCGAGGAGCCGGCGGAGGAGCCUGCGGAGGAGCUGGCGCACGCCGAGGUGCUGGAGCUGUUCCAGGAGGCGCUGGCGCGGCUGGUGCAGGACCCGCUGCUCUGCGACCUCCCGCCGCAGGUGACGGCGGAGGAGAUCGGCUCGCAGGUGGCCCUGGAGUACGGGCAGGCCAUGACGGUGCGGGUGUGCAAGGCGGACGGCGAGACCGUGCCCGUGGUGGUGGUGCAGAACGCCUCGGUGCUGGAGCUAAAGAAGGCGCUGCGGCGGCACAUCCAGCUGCGGCAGGCCCGGCAGGGCGGUGUUCAGCACCUCAGCUGGAAGUACAUAUGGAGGACGUACCACCUCACGUACGCUGGAGAGAAGCUGGCGGAUGACAGGAAGAAGCUGAGAGAGUACGGCAUCAGGAACCGGGAUGAGGUCAGCUUCAUAAAGAAGCUUCGGAAGUAAGAUGUGGGCAGAGAGAGCAGAGAAUCCAGCCCUACCAAGACCAGACAGUGCAUUCAGCACCUUCCUGGAGGAAAAGGCUGUAACACUUCAAAGAGGAGCAAACUCCAUAGACUGGACAUUCUCACGUUUUUUACAGUUGCUGUUUGCGGUGUUUGCCUCUGAGCUGUAUGUGGAUUCAGGGAUUAAAGAGACCCUCUAGUUUUC